UAUUACUAACAGUUGCAGUUUUCCCUCUUUCCCAUUAGGUAGGUUUGUGCUCCGAGAAGUGAGAAUAGCACCAGAGCCGGUGAACCAAGAUGGAAGAGAGAGAAAGGGCGAAUGAAGAAGAAGGGGUGGUAUGGAACAGAGAGACAGUACCUAGGGUUUUGGAGAUUGUAAGCACAAGACUGCCUCAGAGAGACCUCAUAUCUCUCUUACUAGCCAGUCCCUGGAUUCACCGCACUCUCACCUCCCACCCCUCCCUCUGGCUGGUUCUUGAUUUCCGCGAGAUGAACAAUGCUGGGAAUCGACUUGUUUCCACUCUCUCACAGUUGAGAUAUAAGCAUGUGAAGCAGAUUAGCCUUGAAUUUGCACAAGACAUUGAAGACAAACAUUUUGAUAUCAUUAAAAGCAAGUGUUCAGAUUCCCUUCAAAAUUUGGAGUCCUUAAACCUGAAUGGCUGCCAAAAAAUCUCGGAUAGGGGUGUGGAAGCUAUUACGUCAAUUUGUCCAAAUCUGAAGGUCUUCUCCAUUUAUUGGAAUGUGAGGGUUACAGAUACUGGUAUAGAGCAUUUGGUGAAGAACUGCAAGCAUAUAGUUGAUUUGAACUUGAGUGGCUGUAAGAAUAUUUCAGACAAAAGCUUACAACUGAUUGCUGAUAAUUACCAACACUUGGAGUGUUUAAACCUCACUAGGUGCAUCAAGCUAACAGAUUGUGGUUUGUGUAAGAUAUUUGUCAAAUGCUCCUCUCUUAACAGUCUAAACCUCUAUGCUGUUUCAAGCUUUACAGAUGAGGCUUACAAAAAGAUAUCCUUGUUGACCGAACUCAAAUUCUUAGAUUUAUGUGGUGCCCAGAAUCUUACGGAUCAUGGACUUUCCUGUAUAGCCAAAUGCAAUAAUCUGGUGUCUCUCAAUUUGACAUGGUGUGUGCGUGUCACUGAUGAGGGGGUCAUCCCCCUUGCAGAAGGUUGCACCUCUCUUGAAUUUCUCAGCUUGUUUGGAAUUGUCGGUGUGACUGAUAAGUGCUUGGAGGCCCUGUCGAAGUUCUGCUCAAGCACAAUUACAACGCUCGAUGUGAAUGGGUGCAUCGGCAUCAAGAGACGAAGCCGUGAAGAACUCCUUCAGUUGUUCCCACAUCUGAGGUGCUUCAAAGUGCACAGCUAGUUUUAUGGUUUAUGAAGAAGCCAUACAUGAUUAUCUCCUUUCAUCAGUUUUGCAGGCCUAUGAAGCUGGAGAAAUUUUGGGUAGGCAGAUGAGCUUGAUGCAUGGAAACAUGUGGUGACAUGUAUGUGACAUAGCGUAUAUUAACUGUCUUGGGUUAGCUAUGUGAAGUACAUUUGGGGAAAAAUUUCAAGUCUUAAUUAUGGAUAGGCAGAUGAUCUGACUUUUUUUUCCCCUUUUUUUUUUUAAAGCAUAUAUUAUCCUAAAACUAAAUAUAUUCCAUGGA